GCAGCUCCGAGUGACUGCCCUCCGAGUGUAAAGUCCAAAACACUCCCGAGCCAUCCCAGCGACCUGUCAGCUACAACACGCCGCGGACAUGUCUGAUCUUAAAAAGAUCUGUAUCGUUGGAUCGGGCAACUGGGGCUCUGCAGUGGCCAUAAUUAUUGGUAAAAAUGUUGCAAAACCCAACCAAUUUGACCCAACAGUCAAAAUGUGGGUUUUUGAAGAAAUAAUAAAUGGUAGAAAACUUACAGAAAUAAUAAAUACAGAACAUGAGAAUGUAAAGUACCUGCCAGGUCACAAACUUCCAGAUAAUGUGGUUGCUGUGCCAGAUCUCCUUGAAGCAUCAGAUGGAGCAGAUAUUUUUGUCUUUGUUUUACCUCAUCAAUUUAUUGGACGUCUUUGUGAUCAGAUGAAAGAUCGUGUGAAAUCUGAUGCAUUUGGAAUCUCAUUGAUUAAGGGAAUUGAUGAAGGUCCUGAAGGCCUGAACCUAAUAUCUGAUAUUAUUCGGGAGAAACUUGGCAUUGAAAUGAGUGUACUGAUGGGUGCCAACAUUGCCAGUGAGGUAGCAGAGGAGAAGUUCUGUGAAACAACAAUUGGCUGCAGAAAUAAAGAACAUGGACAGAUCCUCAAGGACCUAAUGCAAACUCCGAAUUUCAGAAUUUCUGUGGUAGAGGAAUGCGACACAGUGGAAAUUUGUGGUGCUUUAAAGAACAUUGUAGCCGUUGGCGCUGGUUUCUGUGAUGGGCUUGGGUUUGGUGACAACACUAAAGCUGCCGUAAUCCGCCUGGGGUUGAUGGAAAUGGUAUGUUUUGCCAGAUUGUUUUGUAAAGGACCAGUUACAUCAGCCACAUUCCUCGAGAGCUGUGGUGUGGCUGACCUCAUCACAACCUGCUAUGGAGGGCGAAACAGAAGAGUAGCAGAAGCGUUUGUGAGAACUGGAAAGUCUGUUGAAGAGCUGGAGAAAGAGCUGCUGAAUGGACAAAAACUUCAAGGUCCUCAAACAUCCUCUGAGGUUUACAAGGUUCUCAAACAGAAGAACUUAGUGAACAAAUUUCCACUCUUUGCUGCAGUAUUUGAAAUCUGCUAUGAGGGUAGACCAGUCAAAGACUUCAUCACAUGCCUUCAAAACCACCCUGAGCACUUCUAACUUGAGCUGGCUCUCUGAAAUUCAUGUGGUAUAUUAUAAUCAUAUACAUUUUUGUUUGCAGGUGAAGAACAAUUAAUGCAGCCAAUUAUUUAGCAAUCGUAUUUGAAAAAUUAUGCUAAUCUUUUAAUAGAAUGCUUUUUAUAAUGAGAUUUACCACUGGAAAUGGUUUUCCACAUAUUGUACAAUUCUGCCUUUCAACAAAGCAGGGAAACAUGGUUUUCAAUAUGUGAAACCUCAUUGCAAAAUGUUCGAUAUUUAUUAAUGUUUUAUUACUAAAAUGUCAUGAAUAAUUUCUGGUUCACUCUAGUGUAAUGUGUAAGCAUACUGCCCUGGAAUUCUUUCAAAAAAUAUUGGCCUUAAAUGAGUUACUGAUAAGUUUUGACCUUUGUAGUCAUUUCUAGAACUUGAUGAUUUGCUAUAAUCAAGGGACCCCCUCCAUGGAUAAAUAGAAUUAGAUAACUCAGGUUAUCCAUGUAAUUUUAGUGUAAUGUGUUUUAAAACACAGUGAAAGCAUAGCAGGUUCAAAUCAAAAUAAAACGUUAUGAAACACUGCUCACAGAAAAUGAAAAAUAGAAACUUUUAAAAGUUAUAUAUGAUGAAAAUUGAGGGGACGUUGAGUCAAAGAUGGAAGUGUCAGCUGAAGCAAUGCGAUGAUCGGAUCGGGGCCAGAUAAUCAAAAGGAAAAUGAUUUAAUAUUAUGAAAACUAGAACUUGACAUUCCAGAUAACCCUGCUAUGUUACAUUAUUUUCCUAUUUCAUUUAUAGAAGCUUUUUUCUGGUCAGUAAUUGCCUACAUUUUAACCAACUGAAUAUCUCAGGCAUCAACUGCAUAACUCUCAGUUAUUAAAAUAGAACUUUCCAAGA